GUGUGAAAUUUCCUGUUAACGCUCGCUAAACUUGGAGGUCGGAGCAUACAGAGAGCACCAGAAGGCAGCAUCAGUGAAUUCAGGAUCCAAGAUGGACGCUCAGGCGGCCAGUUUCAUGUACGACAACGGGCGUGGAGGCUUGUUUGGUUGCUACUGCGACCCCUGUCUGCCACAGCUCGACACUUGUCUUCCCAGCGGAGGAGAGGAGGAGGAUUAUGGAAGAGGAAGAUGCUGUCAUCCGUCAUCACCGACAGUAAUGAACGAGCGCAACAUGACGGUAUUGUCAUUUCAAAACGUUUUCGCGUGCUUUAGCUGCACGCGCACUCUGUGAAAAAGCUAUUCACGAUGAUGAUGAUGAUGGCGUCCCAGUGCACAGAGCAAGCAGUGCUGGAGUUCCUGAUGGAGAGGGGAGGGAGGGUCCAACAGAUGGAGCUGAUCGAUCAUUUCCAAUCGAUUAGGGGAUCGAAUGAGCCGUCGGGGGAGACGGUGGACCUGAAACGCAUCGUGGACUCCGUGGCUUCCGUGACGCUGGAAAACGGCGUGAAAUUCGUGUGUUUGAAGGUGGACGGAGGCGUGGACGCGGGGAUGCGCACGGACGCGGACGGCCACGAACCCGCAGAGUGCAACGGCAAUAUCAAAGAGACACCGGACAGCUGCGUGAACGGGAACCCCGCUACCGGAGAGCAACCCGCAGCAGCCAGUUCACUGACCGCUGGCCUGGACAAUGACCAGCAGUCAAACGGCAAUAAUCAGCCGUGCAUAGCGGAGCACACUGCCGCCCCUGAAGCUGCCAUGGAGGCUCCCACCUGUGUAGGAGGAGGAGGCGAGGUGAAGCUGAGGGAGCGGAGGAGGCGGGAGUCCGCCCCAGCGAUAGGGACAGCCGAUCUGGAGUCGGCCCACCCUGGAGGAUCCCACGGCCAGCAGGGGAGGGGGGGCCGCAAAGGGUACAGGGGGUCCCAGCGGGCCAUGCUGACCAGCGGCCUGUCAGAGGACAGCGCCUGGGAGGGGCUGGACUCCUUGGGAGAUGUCAACACCCCCAAAGGAAGCCGCAGGAACUUCAUCGAGCUGAUGAUGAGCAGCUCUCCUCAGGUCCGGAGGUCUCUGAUCCACCACGGCUCGCGCCUCUGGGAUUCGGCGAGGAGUGACGGCGACUCGGCAUCGCUGCACUCCUCCUCGGCCACCGACGAGGACUGCGCCUCGGUCACCCUGGACCCACUGGAGCACGAGUGGAUGCUGUGCGCCUCGGACGGCCAGUGGGAAAGCCUGCAGCGGCUGCUGGCCGUCGAGCCCGCCCUGGUGGCCAAGAGGGACUUUGUGACCGGCUUUACCUGCCUCCACUGGGCAGCCAAGCAGGGCAAAGCUGAGCUGCUGUCCCGCCUGCUGGCCUUCGCCAAGGAGAGCGCCGUUCCUGUGGACGUCAACGCCAGAUCAAGUGCUGGAUACACAGCCCUGCACUUGGCAGCCAUGCACGGACACACACAGGUGGUUCGUGUCCUGGUGUCAGACUGGGAGGCGGACCCUGAGGUCAGGGACUACAGCGGGAGGCGGGCUAUCCAGUACCUGCCCCCGCCGCUGGCCGCUGGCCUGCAGGAGGAGGGACUGGUCACCUCCCCGAGCGCCGAGCUGGACAGUGAAAACACGGACAGCGGCGGCGGAGGGCGAGGCUGGAGGUUGCCCCGAGUCCUCCAGACCAACCUGAACCCCCUGCGGCUCCUGAACCCCCCGGCGGAGGCGGCGGGGGAAGCGGUCGAGACCGGGAAGGCCAAGGCCGGGGUGCAGAGGAAGUCGUCGCUGAGCCGGCUGAAUGCGCGGCUGCACCGGGGACGCCACCGGACCCAGAUCAUCCACAGCGCCUCCUUCAGGGACCCGGCGGAGGUGGGGGCAGAGGAGCUUCCCAGCAGCCCACUGCGAACCCGACCGCUGUCCAACCUGUUUGGAUGAAGCUGCGCCGCUGAGAGCCAAGAAUGUAGUGGUGGGCAGAAAUCUUCACGACCCAAAUCCACGUUCAUUCAUAUGCAUCAAAGUAAGAAGGGUGAUGCAAGUUUUAUAAAUAUAAAGCUUUUUGUUAAGGGCAUUAAGGGGAAAUAGUGUUGAUGUUUUUUUGGUUGUUUGCUUUUUGGAUAAUUCCAGUGAUAAUUGCAGCCCGGAGGUUGCAAUUUCACCUCUCGAUCUCCUCGCAUUUUUUUUUUUGUUUCAUGACUACAUCUCUGCUCAGAUCAAUCCACUGGGUUAAAACAAGCCUGUGGCCUGGUGUUUUCAUUUGUGAAUUGUAGACUUGAUCUUUCUAUCAAAGGGACUUUCUACACAGUUUUUUUAGUCUAAUGCAAGAGUUCUGUGGAAAAAAAAAGCCCUGUAGCAGUUUGGUCAGUAGCAAGGGCUUGGCUUGCUCUCUGAUUUAACACCUCACCAUGGAAACUGUUCACACUAACGCAAAAGUAGCAGGCGCUUGACUCACAGAGACAGGUUUACAUGCACAUGUGUGCAAAUAGCACUUAGGUUUUCCAAUAUCAUGCUCCUGUUUGCAGAGUGAAAAAGAAUAUUUCUAUAACUCACUUUAUAGUUUUAAAUCUCCUGGGACUGGGUGGCACUGACCAUUGUUUCUAUAGUGAAUGAAUAUAAUGUGAAUUUUUAAUUUUAGAAGUAGUAGAUUUUAGUAUUUAAAUUGGUCUAACCAUUGAGUCUUGUCCUAAUGACCAUUUAUGAUCACCGUUUUUGCACUUGUCACUUUGAAGAUAUAGUAGCUGAUACUGGGAUGAAAUUGCGUAGACUAAAACCAUGACAGCUGUAAUGUGAUUUUUGAUCCUGUAUCAUACUGUUUAUACUGCAUUCAAGGGAUAGGAAGUGGAGCCGUCACAUCCUUGCUCCUUCACAGUAGUUGAUAUAUAAAAUACAAAUGUGAUCAUGUAGUCGUUUUCCUAUGUUGACCUGUUAUGUCGAGCGUUUCCCCUGAGAGGGGAAAAACAGGAGUUGUGGUGAGCUGGUUGGUUACACACAUGGGCACUACUGCCAAGCUGCCAUGGCUUUAGCCAGAUCCAAUUACCUACACUGAGACACUGGGUGAAUUACAUAAUAUGACUGUUUAACACGGUGGAAGCACAGGGAGAGCUGACUUUCAGCUGGGACUUUUCCUAUUUUGACCGUAAUGUACCUCAAGUCCUGCAACUCUGGUCUGCUCACUGGCUGUUACAUUGCUGCUUUGUAGUGUGCUUCAACUGAUAGGAGUUUUUUCGGCUGUUAUAGCUGUUAUAAUUUGGAUUUUUGUUUUGAAAGCUCAAUUAAAUGCGUGUGAAAUGCUCUCAUAAGCAUUUAAACACAAGAAAUCUGACACUGAUCCAGCAUCACUGAGCACAUAUAUAUACAUCUAUAUCUAUAUCUAUAUAUAGAUAUAGAUAUAGAUAGAUAGAUAGAUAGA